AUGUGCUUGUACAAGAUGAUGCCAACUGCAAGUGGUAUUGGGAUGAUGAGAAGGGAGGGUGUUGGACACAACGACGAUAAAGUCCUUGUUUUGGCAGCAACAAAUACUCCCUAUGCUUUAGAUCAGGCCAUUCGACGGCGAUUUGACAAGCGUAUAUACAUUCCCCUCCCAGAUUUGAAGGCACGGCAGCACAUUUUCAAAGUGCAUUUAGGAGAUACCCCUCACAACUUGACUGAAAGUGACUUUGAAAAUUUAGCUCGUAAGACAGAAGGGUUUUCUGGUUCAGAUAUUUCUGUUUGUGUCAAGGAUGUACUCUUUGAGCCUGUUCGUAAAACCCAAGAUGCUAUGUACUUCACUAAGACUUCCAGUGGUAUGUGGGUACCAUGUGGACCAAAGCAACCGGGUGCUGUCCAGAUCUCCAUGCAGGAGCUUGCUGCACAAGGAUUGGCUUCAAAGAUUGUCCCACCACCAAUCGCAAAAACAGACUUUGAUAAGGUGCUUGCAAGACAGAGACCGACAGUGAGCAAAUCUGACCUUGAGGUGCACGAGAGAUUCACAAAGGAGUUUGGAGAGGAUGGUUGA